GCAGGAUACAAACAGAAGGUUAGCCAGGCUGACAGCAAGAAUAAGCACUAUCUGUGCUGUCGCCUUGGAUCCAUACUGUUGUGUUAUGAGAAGAGGACACUGGCUGUGAUAAGACUGAUUGAACACCAUGGCUGCAGCUCCUGAACUCAGACGGUCAGAUUCAGCACAGGGGGAGUUCUCUCCUCUGAAGCGCUUUGUUAUAGCCAAGAAGAAGAUCAGCGACGUGUUUGAACAACUUCUGAACUAUGUGAAAGAGACUUCCGAGUUUGUAGAAGAAACCUGUGGGAAUAAAGCUUUGGAGAACAUUGCGAGUCAAGAUCAAAAGUUUGAGAUUCAGGCAUAUGCUGACAAACUUGCUGUCAUUAAGGAAGUUCUGGCACGCAGACACAUGAAAGUGGCUUUUUUUGGCAGGACCAGUAAUGGUAAAAGCACAGUGGUCAACGCCAUGCUGAGGGACCGCGUGCUGCCCAGUGGGAUUGGCCACACCACUAACUGCUUCCUCAGUGUAGAGGGCACUGAUGAAGACAAGGCCUACCUCAAGACAGAGGGCUCUGAUGAGGAGAAGAGCAUCAAGACCGUAAACCAGCUGGCUCACGCACUCCACAUGGACGAGAGUCUGGACUCCGGCUGUCUCGUCCGUGUGUUUUGGCCAAAGACCAAGUGUGCUCUGCUUCGAGACGACCUGGUGCUGGUGGACAGCCCAGGAAUAGAUGUCACAACACAACUGGACAGCUGGAUUGACAAAUUUUGCCUGGAUGCUGAUGUCUUUGUGCUGGUGGCUAACGCUGAAUCCACGCUUAUGAACACGGAAAAGCACUUUUUCCACAAAGUGAACGAACGUCUGUCAAAGCCCAACAUCUUCAUCCUCAACAACCGCUGGGAUGCCUCAGCAAACGAACCCGAGUACAUGGAGGAUGUGAGGAAGCAGCACACAGACCGCUGUGUGAACUUCCUGGUGGAGGAGCUGAAGGUCGUGGACCGCGACCAGGCACCCAACCGCAUUUUCUUUGUCUCCGCCAAAGAGGUGCUCAACUCCCGCAUGCAACGUGCACAGGGCAUGCCUGAAGCAGGUGGAGCCCUGGCUGAAGGCUUCCACGAGAGACUGAAGGAGUUCCAAUGCUUUGAGAGGAGGUUUGAGGAGUGUAUCUCGCAGUCAGCAGUGAAAACAAAGUUUGAGCAGCACACUAUCAGGGCCAAGCAGAUCACAGAAAAGGUCAAGAGCAUCAUGGACGCCAUCAACAUCGAGGCGGCAGAAAAGAGAGUGGCGUCUCUGGAAGACCGAGAGUAUCAGAUGGACCGGCUGGAGUUUGUCAAGAAUCAGCUCAACUUGCUGAUUGAUGAUAUAAAGAGGAAGAUCAAGGCAAUCAGUGAGGAGGUGGAGUCGAAGGUAUCCAGCGCCAUGGGAGAGGAAAUCUGUCGUCUCCACGUGAUCGUUGACGAGUUCCAAUGUGACUUCCACCCCUCGUCGCAUGUCCUCAAGAUCUACAAGUCUGAGCUGCUCUCUCACGUGGAGGAGGGGAUGGGCAAGAACCUGGCCUUCCGCUGCUCCAAUGCUGUCAACGCCUCUGUCCAGUUCUCUCAGAAAUACAUGAUGGAGAGCAUGCUCCCUCUGCUUCCCUCUGCGGCCCAGAGCCAAGUCCACAUGCUGGUGCCAAGCAGGAAGUUUGACCUGAGUUACGACCUGAACUGCGCCACCCUUUGCAACGACUUCCAGGAAAACAUUGAAUUCCAGUUUUCGUUGGGCUGGACCACGUUAGUCCACCGCUUCUUGGGAUCUGUCAACGCACAGAGAGCGCUCAGACUGGUGGAUCAGAACUUCCAGGGCUCUCGACCAGCGAUGCCCCUGGCCCUUACGCCCUGCUCAGGACCCCCGUCUAUAGCAGCCCCGCCCAACAACGAGACAGCUCUCAUGACCCAAGAGGACUUGAUGGUAGCCGUGGCAACCAACGUGGCAUCCCUCACCUCCCGCACCUCAAUGAGCGUCAUCGUCGUUGGAGGAGUAGUAUGGAAAAUGGUUGGCUGGAAGCUGAUAGCGCUGUCGGCCUCGCUGUACGGCUUGCUGUACCUCUACGAGAGACUCACCUGGACCACGAAGGCGAAGGAGCGAACGCUGAAGCGCCAGUUUGUGGACUACGCAACAGAGAAGCUGCAGCUCAUCGUCAGCUUUACGAGUUCCAACUGUAGCCACCAGGUCCAACAGGAGAUGACGGCGACCUUUGCUCGGCUGUGUCAGCAGGUGGACCAAACGCAGAAAGAGCUUGAGGCUGAAAUCCGCCAACUGACAGCCAAGAUAGAUCAGCUGGAGACUGUCCAGAGCCACUCCAAGAGCCUGCGACACAAAGCGACAGACCUGGAGAAACAGUUGGAGUUGUUCACAAACCAGUACCUGCAUCCUCAGCAGUGAGCUGCUCUUCUUCACGGCUCCUCAGUUUGGUUCUCGUUGAGCCGAUCAUUCUUCAGCCCGACGGCGCCCGGUCCUCUCCGAAACUACACCACGGUUUCUGUGUGGACCGUAGUGCUGGAAAGAUACAUCUAUUUGAUAAUAUGAAAGGUCGGUCAUUUAUCAGAAAAGAAUACCAAAAUGUCUGGCAGCUUCUCGAGUGUAAAAUUGUAAAAAAGCUUUUCUUUUUCUUUUGUCUUUUUGUCACACCAAAUAGUCAACAUAUCUUUUUUGACAUUUUCUAGACAACAUAAUGAAUCAAGAAAAAAAAAGAUUGAUCAAUUGCUAACACAAAUUAUCAGUAAUUUCCAUCCUCAUAAUUGACAGAAGAGAGUGGAGGCCCCUGAAUGACAGUAUUAUAUUCCCCCAUUUUCCACUGCCAACUGGGAGUUUCAGGCACUGGAGACACUGCAGUGAACCAACUGCACCGCAAAACUGCCUGUAAGACAGAAAUGAGGGCUCACUCGCUCCAUAAGGUGGUAUUGGACUCUCGGUCGGCAGAAGGCUUCUGGUCGGGUGCUUCUAACUGUGAAUGUCUUUUUGACUAACUUUUGUGAAGUGUCUGUACAUGUAUCUUUUAGGGCACAUGAUCUGUUGAGUUAGCAACAAAAAAUAAAUAUAUUUAAUAAAAGAGAAAACGUUUUCCUGAAUUAGAAGGACCUAAUUAAAGUUAAUUGAGAGAAAACAUAAGAGUAAAAAGGGAAAGCAUGUCUUUCACAUACUGUUUCAUGUUCUAUUUUCUAAUGAUCCAAACUAAAGAUCAAAAGUUUUGGAAGACCUCAUAUUUUAUAAUAUCCUACUUUAUUUAUAACCUUUAGGCUUAAAAUGACAAUAACACCAGUGCACACUUGGUAAAACUGUCUCUUUUUUUCUUGAAUGCGUGUUGAAAUACCUCCAGAUUUGCCCAAUUGUAUUAAAUCUGCCACAAUCCAAAAACGA